CAACAGCUUUCCUCCCCGGAGUCCCAAGAAAGAAAGAACCCCGGCUCUCCUCUCCCCACCGCGCAGCAGCCCACCGCAUCCGCCCUCCGUCGCCGGCGACGAUGGACCACUUCCAGGACGGGCACCACGUGCGGCUGCGGAGCCGCGUGCAGCGCACCUACCUCCACGCCGCCGCCGACGGGGAGAGCGUCACCCUCAGCCAGCCCCGCGCCUCCAUGAACGCGGCGUGGGCGGUGCACAUCUACGACGGCGGAGACGGCGAAGGCGAAGGAGACGGCGAUGGACCGUACCUGCUCCUCCACAGCGCCGCCUACGGCCGCUAUCUUUCCGCCACGGCCAGGCCGGCGAGGCGAGGCCACCACGGCCUGCGCGUGGAGCUGCGCGACUACGACCAGCCGGAGGUGGAGGCCAUCAGGUGGCGGGCCAUCGGGUCGGGCUUCGCGGACGACGUCGUCAUGCUCCGCCAUGUCGGCGGCAGCUACCUCCGCGCCAACGGCAAGUACCUCCCCUGGAACUCCACCGGCGUCAGCGUCGACGACAAGGCCAGCUCCAUGAUGUACUGGAUCGUCGAGCCCAUCCCCUUGAGAGAGGCGGGCAUACCUGCCAUUCCUGGCCCGCUUCCGACUCCCCUAAUAGACCUCUCCGCCAUAUUCACGCGCCGGGGAGCGGAACGGGAGAUCCGAGGCGUCGAGCCCAUCCCGGGAGAGGCGGCCAUGCCUGCCGAUCAUAGCCCGAAUCGCCCAAUAUUCUCCGCCAUAUUCAGUUCUCGCGGACGGCGCAUCCGGUUCGUGCUGGCGCUCGAGGACGGGUACUACCCCGAGGAGGUCGACGCCGACGACUGGCGCCAGUUCUGGUUCAGGGGGAGGUCCGCGUUCAGCCUGAGAGGCAACCUGGCGGCCCACAUCGACGAGGACGACCCGAACAUCGCCAUGUGCGUCCGAGCAGGCCGCCACGGGAGGCUGACCCCGCUCGUCGUCAACCUGCCCGACGGUGGCUAUGGCGGGACCCUCGAGAUCGUCGUCUUCCUGGCCGGGACCCCUGCCUUAACAGAGAAGAUGGUGAUGAUAUCCGUUUGGUUUAGCCCAUUUUGCUUGUGUUUGAAUAACCUCUGAACAAAAUUCAGGUUUCAACAGUGGCUACGAUGCGCUGCGAUACCCAGAUGUCGAUGCACAGUAGAGGAAGAUCAGAGCGGGAGUCCGACAGUUCACCUGUUCACAAGUUUCACUGCCUCGGAUAUGAUGUCGUCAACUUUUGCCUAUAGAUUGAUAGAUACAGAUUCAGAAAACUCAGCAGCUCUAGAACUACUGAAAGCGUUGCGACCAAUGGCUGAACAAUUUUGUUGUGAUGCUGGAAUGUAGUAGCUCUUCUGGCAUGCAUCUCUGUGAUGUGAUGGCCACGGCUUUGUAGACAAUGAGUUGAUGGUCCUGCAAUUUUUUUGGACAUGCAUUUCACAUACUGGAAAACACAUUAGUUUUUGCAAUGAGCUGAUGUUCCUUCAUUCCUUUUAGAAAUGAAGAAUGCAGAAUGCAGAAUGCA